CCCCAAAGCCUCACAGCUCUCAAAAAGACUUUCAGCCUCACCCACGCACACAUCGAGUCAAAAUGUCAGACUUCAAGUCCAAGGCUUUGUUCGACCAGAUCACUGAGGGUCUCAACGGCAUGUCCGACAAGGAGAAGAAGGACAUUCAAAAGAAGACCAACGGUGUCUUCGAGCUCCACAUCAAGAACGGCGCCGGCAAGGAGUACGUUCACACCAUCGACCUCAAGAAGAACGCCGAGUCUUACGAGGGCAAGGCAAAGGGCAAGGCUGACGUCACCAUCAACUGCACUGAUGACACCUUCAUGGACAUGGCCGACGGCAAGGUCAACGGCCAGAAGGCCUUCAUGUCCGGCAAGCUGAAGGUCAAGGGCAACAUCAUGCUCGCCACCAAGCUUGAUGGUGUGCUCAAGUCUCAGCAAAAGGCGAAGAUGUAAAGUGCUUCAGCGACGUCAAUCUCGUUUGGCUCUGGGCAGGUCGAGGGGAAGCGGCAAAGCAUGCGAGCGGAUGUGGUA